UUAAUGUGCGCAUCAAAAAUGUCAUCUGCGCACACUUUAAUAAUUUAGCCCUGCUUGUURAUAUUAAAUGUGAAUUUUUCAAAUGCUUUACUGAAUGUGCAGAAAUGGAAUAAGAUGUUCCCUGCAUCGACCUCACGCUUCAUUAAAGCGUCCUUUCAUCACGAGGAGUACAAACUCGUUUGCCACACAAGUGUUUUCCGAUCAUCUGGAGCCGCGUGAGGCUGUGACAAAAGACCUGAGGUGGUGGGAACUCUAAACCCACUGGGAGCAACGUCACCCCUGCUGGCAUAUUAACCAGAGUCCACGCAGUUGGCGGCAAACACACGGCGAACAGAGCGUCAGGAGCGCACACACGCACACAGGGAGAGACACACACACGACCCUCAGCGCGAAAUGCUCCAAGUACUGAAUCCAACUCAGAGCAUCCUCCUCCCCGACUCCGCGCGUCUCGGAGAGGGAGCGUUCACGCGCCGCUCGGGCAUCCAAGCGGGAUAAACAAGUCCUUGGAUGAAGUGCAGCGCGCGKAGAGUCGCUUGAAAACACAACGUGGAAAGAGUGUUUUGCGUCGAGAAUGCAUUUACAGGAAGCACCACAAAGAGCAGCCAACACUUGCAACUUCGGGCUUUACUUGUAAAAAGGCGCUUUUUUUCUAUMUUUUGGAAAGAAUUGGAGAAUUCCCAGUAAAAAAAAAAGAAAGAAAGAAAAAGAAAGGGAAGAAGAAACAUGCCUGUAAGAAGAGGUCACGUUGCGCCACAGAACACGUUCCUGGGAUUAAUUAUUCGGAAAUUCGAGGGUCAGAACCGGAAAUUUGUGAUAGCCAAUGCCAGAGUGGAGAACUGUGCUAUUAUAUACUGCAAUGAUGCCUUCUGUGAGAUGACAGGCUUCUCCAGACCGGACAUCAUGCAGAGGCCCUGCACCUGCGACUUCCUCCAUGGGGAACUCAGUGACAAAGAGGCGAUCAACCAGCUGGCUCAGGCUGUGCUGGGUUCUGAGGAGCGCAAGGUAGAAAUCACCUACUACCGGAAGGAUGGGUCUGACUUUCAAUGUACCACCCACAUCAUCCCGGUGAAGAAUGAAGAAGGCGUGGUUAUAAUGUUCAUCCUGAAUUUUGAACUUGUCCUGGAAGAGGGAAGUGACCGCUCCACAGAGAAUAUAAGCCCAGCUUCCCCAACAAAGUCCGAUCAAAGAAGGAGCAGAUUCUUUCGCUUCCGCCAAGCUGCGUUGAGCUUAAUAAAUACCAACAAGCAAUCUCUUCCACAAGAGGACCCAGACGCUGUGACGGUGGACUCUCCCAAAGAGGAUGAGGACUCAGUGGCCUUGGAGAGCUUCCCCUCGCCCACAAAGAGCAUUUGUAGUCCAACUGAGGCCAAUGACACGCGCGCCCUCAUAGGCUCCAGCCGCCACUCCUCCCAGGCCAGCAUCGGCCCUGAACCACUUGACCACUCAUCCCUUAAACUCCCGUGGGACAAGCUGUACCAGACCGAGCCGCACCAGUCCUCCAGCUCCCUGUCAAACACCUUCCCCAGAGGCAGCACCAGCAGCAUGAGGAGAGCCUCAUCCAUCCAUGAAAUUGAGGGCUAUAGCUCCAAUUCCAAGAGUGUAUUCGGGGACCGGCAAACGAGUGAAGGUCCUUUCAACCACGUGAAGUCCAGUCUGCUUGGUUCUACCUCGGAUUCAAACAUCAACAAAUACAGCACCAUAAACAAGCUCCCUCUGAUCGCGCUCAACUUCUCCGAGAUAACGGAGAAGAAGCCUCAUUCUCCACCAACAUCAGAGAAAACCAUCAUAGCACCUAAGGUCAAAGACCGAACUCACAAUGUCACAGAGAAGGUUACACAGGUUUUGUCACUUGGAGCUGAUGUUCUUCCAGAGUACAAACUCCAGACGCCCCGCAUCGACAAGUUUACAAUCCUCCACUACAGCCCGUUCAAAGCUGUUUGGGACUGGCUGAUCCUGCUGCUGGUCAUCUACACGGCCAUCCUCACUCCUUACUCUGCUGCGUUUCUUCUCAAUGAGCAAGAGGAGCAGAGGAGGCGUGAAUGUGGCUACUCCUGCAGCCCCCUUAACGUAGUCGAUUUAAUCGUGGACAUCAUGUUCAUCAUCGACAUCCUCAUCAACUUCAGGACCACCUAUGUCAACCAUAAUGAGGAGGUGGUUAGCAAUCCCGCUAAGAUAGCCAUCCAUUACUUCAAAGGCUGGUUCCUCAUCGAUAUGGUGGCAGCAAUCCCUUUUGACCUGCUCAUCUUCGGCUCUGGCUCAGAUGAGACAACCACUCUGAUUGGCCUGUUGAAGACUGCAAGGCUUCUACGAUUGGUGCGUGUUGCCAGGAAGCUGGACCGCUACUCUGAGUACGGCGCUGCAGUCCUGAUGUUGCUCAUGUGCAUCUUUGCCCUCAUUGCCCACUGGUUGGCUUGUAUAUGGUACGCUAUUGGCAAUGUGGAAAAGCCCUACCUACAGCACAAGAUUGGCUGGCUGGACAAUCUGGCUGUGUCCAUAGGGAAAAGAUAUAACUACAGUGACCCUAGUUCUGGGCCCUCGAUCAAGGACAAGUAUGUGACAGCGCUUUACUUCACGUUCAGCAGUCUCACAAGUGUGGGCUUCGGGAAUGUCUCCCCAAACACCAACUCUGAGAAAGUGUUUUCCAUAUGUGUCAUGUUAAUUGGCUCUCUCAUGUAYGCCAGUAUAUUUGGAAAUGUCUCUGCCAUCAUCCAGAGGUUGUACUCGGGGACAGCUCGCUACCACGCUCAGAUGUUACGGGUCAAGGAGUUCAUCCGCUUUCACCAGAUACCAAACCCACUGAGGCAAAGACUAGAAGAGUACUUCCAGCACUCGUGGACCUACACGAACGGCAUCGAUAUGAACACGGUGUUAAAAGGAUUUCCUGAGUGCCUGCAGGCAGAUAUUUGCCUCCACCUCAACAGAAAUCUUUUACACAACUGCAAAGCAUUCCAAGGAGCAACUAAAGGAUGCUUGAGGGCCUUGGCCAUGCGCUUCCAAACCACUCACGCACCUCCUGGAGACACACUGGUUCACAGUGGAGAUGUUCUCACGGCGCUCUACUUCCUGUCCCGUGGUUCCAUUGAGAUACUGAAAGACGACAUCGUGGUAGCUAUCCUGGGAAAAAAUGACAUUUUUGGAGAAAUGAUCCAUCUGUUUGCCAAGCCUGGGAAGUCCAACGCAGAUGUGCGAGCGCUGAGUUACUGCGACCUAAGCACCAUUCAGAGGGAAGAUCUGCUGGAGGUGCUUGAUAUGUACCCCGAGUUUUCAGAUUUCUUCUUCAACAACCUGGAGCUUACCUUCAACCUCAGAGAUGAAUCUGCCAAGCCCACUAAUGUCCCAGAAGAUUGUGACCCAGAUGGUAAGAGCAACAGAAACAUGAAAAGACGAAUCUCCUUCACCCCUGAUUUACCUGAAGAGGAAACCAAGGAGGUGGUUAAAGACACUCAAAAGGAAAAAGGGUCCAACUCGUGCCUAAAGAGAUGUUCUGUUGCCCUGGGUUCCUCCUCACUCAGCGUUCCAGUCCUAGACACAGAUCUCAUCGUCAGAGACGGCCUGGGCAGAAGAACAUCUGCUGGAGAUCUGCGCUGUGAUAAAUGGGCCUGUAAGAAGCACACAGACUACCUGGAUGAGUCAGCACACUUCCAGGACCUGAGAGAGGAUGAUAAUUCUGCCAGCGAAGUCACAUAUGGAGAGGUGGAACAACGCUUAAGUCAGCUUCAGGAGCACUUAAACAGGUUGGAGUCACAGCUGAUCUCAGAUAUUCAAACCAUCUUGCAAAUGCUGCAGAGACAGCCGACUCUCGGACCCCCUGCCUACAGCACUGUGACUGCCAGUCCAGACUAUCAAAGACCUGCUGCGAAGGUUCAGCCAGUUGCUUCGACUGCAAGCCAUCUUUUCAGCCAUGCCAGCACUCAAGGUCCCAGCCAUAAACUGGAGAGUGCCAUUCAAGAAUCCAAAGACUCUGUUCACAGUUUGGCCAUUGUGAAUGCGCCUGUCGAAGACAGCCUUGCAGCAGCCGUUUUUAAACAGAGACAUGCAGACAAGCAUAAGCUGCAGCAACAGAUCACGGUACACCAACAGUCAGCACUGAUUCCUCCUCCAGCUGAAACCUCUUCUGCCUCCUGCUCCUCUGCGUCGCCUUCUGACCCCAGCCACAGCAUCGAGCGACGCCACAGACUCGUCUCAGAUCCAAACUUUCCAAGGCCAUAAACCUUUUCAGGAGCAGCACAUUCUGAUACUGGGGUUAUAAUGCUGUAAUUACUAUGUAGCACUUUUGUUUGUUUUAAUCAGCAUGCUGGCACAGCCAUCUGUCUUGUUAACUCACAGUGGCUAUGUUAUUGAAAUAAGAUUUUCAUUUUAUCGUGCAUGUGGAUUAAGCAUAGUUUUUUUUUGUUUUGUUUUGUUUUGUUUUGUUUU